AGAGGCACACCUGCAAUGGAAUCCGACAAAAUCCGUACUCUAGUGAACGCGUACAAUCGGCCGAACUAUAACACGACUGCUAUUUUAUCAGCUUUUAGGAAGAUUAUAGGGAGAUAGAGGUGAUGAUGUAAGCUAAAAAUAUUAAGAAGAAAAAGUGUUAAUAUCAUGACACAUUCAACACUAAUACACUUCCAUCAUAAAGUAACACACUCGUCAAGAUGUUGGCCUCCAUAGCUCGGAGGAGGAUAAGCUCAGCAGCAGGAAAUGUUAUUGUUGGAGUCACGUCUCUACAUUCAGUUUCAGUGGCAUCAAGCAGUCGAUUGAUAAGCACCUCCGUACCAAUGCAGAGGAAAGCUGACCCUUUCGAUAUGUCUGACGAAUCUGGAGAAUUUCGAAGAGGCAAUAAUAUUAAUGCAAGAUCGGCAAAAUUCACCAAAAAAGGCAAGCAGGCGAAACCUGGAAGGCGUGCGGAAGAGGAAGAAGACGACGAUGAUGACGAUGAUCUAUUGGCCAGUAAAAAGAUGAAAGGAAGAAGAGGGAAACCAGGAAAAGGACCACAAGCUGUUCCUCCACCCGGUAAAGGAUCUCGUGAUAAAGGUGUGCAAUUCUCUUCAUCUUUCAAGUCUGCCUUGAAAGUAAGGGAUAAACCGAAGAAGGAUAACAACCAAGAGCCUGCCAAAGCAGCCACUCCUCGAAAACCUUCUCCCACUCCAACGAGAAGACCAUUUAGGCCUCAAAAAGUCUCUAUCCCUUUACCGCAAUUCAUCACAGUGAAUAAUCUGGCCAAAGUACUAGACACAAAGAUGUUCAGGCUACAGAGAGUGAUGACGCAAGCAGGGCACACUGACACACGUCCUGAUUUGAUGUUGUCUCACAGUGAAGCAGAAUUACUGGCAAUGGAAUUCAAUGUGACCGUCACCCCUCUUUCUACCUCUUCAAAUGACUACGACAUCUUCCCACGCCCUCCACCUUCAGAUCCACAAUCUUUGCCAUUAAGACCGCCAGUGGUAGCUAUUAUGGGACAUGUCGAUCAUGGAAAGACGACAUUGCUAGACAAACUACGAAGUGCUAGUGUAGCAGCAGGAGAGGCAGGAGGGAUCACCCAACAUGUUGGUGCAUUCUCUGUAGAGGUAGCAGGAAUGUCAAACGAAAGCGAAAAACGAGCAAUCACUUUUCUCGAUACGCCCGGUCAUGCAGCAUUCACUCAAAUGCGAAGUAGAGGAGCAAAAGUGACGGAUAUUGUCGUUUUGGUCGUUGCUGCUGAUGAUGGUGUGAUGCCACAAACAAAAGAGGUGAUUAAUAUGGUACGUGAAGUUCAAGAAGAAGAAGGCGUAAAAGGUGCCGGUACAGGUGGCUUGCAGUUGUUGAUUGCAAUCAGCAAAGUGGAUCGUCCAGAUGCCGAUCCUGCCAAGGUUAAAGGGCAGAUUCUGGGCGAAAACGUCAUUUUGGAAGAGUUUGGAGGUGAUGUGCCAUGCAUUGAAAUCAGUGGAAAGACGGGACAGGGACUAGAUGUUUUACAGGAUAAUUUAGUCGUCAUCUCCGAGUUGAACGAAUUACGUGCAGAACGUACAGGUCCGGUAGAAGGUUACGUGAUCGAAUCUCGGGUAGAAAAAGGAUUCGGAAAUACUGCAAUUUGUUUGGUACAACGUGGUACGUUGAAAGUCGGCGAUGUUUGUGUUGCUGGUACAAGUUGGUGUAAGGUCAGACGAUUGAUGGACAGCAGUGCUUCUCUGGACGUUGCUGCUGCCGAGCCCGGACAAGCAUUGUUGUUGACCGGAUGGAGAGAAUUGCCUAAAGCGGGUGACAUGCUCCUUGGUGUAGAAUCAUCUGGUGGUCAAGAUGCGGAAGAAUUGGUGAAAAAGUGUAUCGAUACCCGUUUGCGUGUUGAAGAGCAACGUAAGCUGUUGAGGGAUGUCGAAGCUAUUAAUGAAGGUCGUAGAGAGGAAGCCAAUGAGCGAGACAAAUCUGACAGACAAGCAACAGAAGUUCGCAGGCUGCAGAGAGAGGCACGUUUGGCUGGAGAAGAGUAUGAUUUAUCCGAUUUACAGGCAAGAGUUGAGGCAGCCGAAAAGAAGAAUGCAAGUGCAACUGUAACGCAAUCCGGCAAACUGGAACUACGCUUAAUUGUCAAGGCAGACGUUAGUGGAACGGUAGAAGCGGUUACAGGUGCUAUUGAAGGUAUCGGUAAUAACGAAGUCGGCGUUAAAAUUAUCCAUUCUGGUGUAGGCGAGCCAACGGAAAGCGAUUUAGACAUGGCAAAAGCUGCUAACGGACACAUUUUAGGCUUCAACGUCGAGGCCAGUAGAUCUUUGCAUUCUUCUGCUCAAGCUUUAAUCCCAGCGAUCAAGAUUCAUUGUGAUGAUGUCAUUUACCGUUUAAUGUCGUACGUCACUGAUGAGUGUAUCGCUCUUCUACCUCCAGUAUACGAAUCUCGUGUCGUCGGAGAAGCAACCAUCCAACAAGUGUUUGCGAUCAAUGUUCGAGGAAGGACAACAAAGAACAUUGCUGGCUGUCGUAUCACAAACGGUACGGUGUCUAGAAACCAAAAGAUUCGUGUUUUGCGUAACGUUGGCGAAGGCAAGAAGGCAAAUGAAGGUGAAAUCAAACUGGACAGCGCUGGACGUCAAAUUUUGUAUGAAGGUCGAUUGGACAGUUUGAAACAAGUCAAAAAGGAAGUAGAUGAAAUGCGAAAAGGCACAGAAUGCGGAAUGUCAUUCGCAGAUGGUUUUGAAAAUUUCCAAGCAGGGGAUUUGAUUCAAUGCUACUAUGAUGAAAAAGUGACUCGCACACUGUAACACCACUCAAAAUCAGCCAAUCAUUGUAUACUAAUACAUUCAUAGAAUUCGCAUUUUUAGCUUUGAUCAUCAUGCAGGUUGUGAGAUUCUUCGUAAUUCGUUGCCCAAAUCGACACGUCUUUUGCCUUCUAGGAAAGCGAUGCUAUCCCGAUAUGAUUCUGGUAGGACUUUUUUCGCAUCGGGACCGAAGUCAAAGCUGAAAUGGAAGGUGUUACUUCGUUUUUUCUCACCCGUUUUCGUAUCGACCACUUCUGCCAAUACAACGACAGAUGCGAUCGAGCUUUGUUCGUUUUGCUCCGUGGUGUGUGGUGUACUUCCACUGGUAUAUGUGAUUCGUGACGUCAGGCUCAAGAUAGCGCCUAUUGAAACGGGUAAAUGAAAGGACAACGCAUCCAGGGAGAGAAACUUGACA